CAUGUGGCUGAAACCUACAGAGAAAUAGAGGUGUGUUUAACUGAUCAAUAUGGCAGAAACCGCUCCAGCAGUCUCUCCGGCUAAGGCGCCAAAGAAGAAAACAAGCUCGAAGCCUAAGAAGACCGGCCCUAGCGUUUCAGAUUUGAUCGUGAAGGCUGUGUCGGCUUCCAAGGAGCGUCACGGGCUCUCUUUAGCCGGGAUUAAGAAGGCUCUUAAUGCUGGCGGCUACGAUGUGGAGAAGAACAACGGUCGUGUGAAACUGGCUGUGAAAAGCCUUGUGAGCAAAGGAUCUCUCAUACAGACAAAAGGUACUGGUGCCUCCGGAUCCUUUAAAAUUAAUAAGAAGCCAGCAGAUACCAAGGAGAAAGCCACAAAGAAAAAGGUGGCACCGAAGAAGCCAGCAGCAAAGAAGCCCGCUGCCGCCAAGAAAGUGAAAAAGCCGGCGGCAAAGAAACCUGCAGCGGCCAGGAAGGCGGCUAAGAAGCCAGCUGUAGCUAAGAAAGCCACUAAAAGUCCCAAGAAAGCGAAGCCAGCUGCAAAGCCCAAAAAGGUAACAAAGAGUCCAAAGAAGCCGAAGGCAUCUAAACCUAAAGCGGCUAAGCCCAAGACCGUGAAGAAGGCUGCACCCAAGAAGAAGUGAUCCGUUUACAUGGAUUGAUACAUGUACAUACGAACGGCUCUUUUCAGAGCCCC